CACAAAACUCAUCCCCUGUGAUUGGUUGUGGCUCAGCAUGCUCUAUUGUGCCUCGGGGCCGUUUGUUCGCCUGGUUUCCGACACACAAACUAAACUUUCCUGCCAGGCUGGGCAAUACCGGGCUCAGGAGUGCAUUGACAACCCCCCUGUAUUAUUGGAAUUUCUGACUUUUUUUCAAAAAGGAUAAUAAAGAAAGGACAGAAGAGAGGACAGAAGAGAGAGGACAGAAGAGAGACAGAUCAGUCAUGUCAGGCAACUGAUUACUGGAUGCAGUAUCGUCAAUCUAACAACUACAUGCAUCAGGGCCUGUGGCGCUACUGUAUGCCUGGGAAAUGCAUGACACAUACAGAUAGCAUUGCGUACUGGGAUGCCACUCGUGCCUUCAUGAUCCUCUCCCUGCUGGCCUGCUUCCUUGGCAUCGUGAUCGGCGUCAUGGCUUUCAUACGCUCCUCCUCCUUCAGUGGGUUUGACAAGACGUUUGCUGCCGGCAUCCUCUUCUUCAUCUCCUGUUUCUUUGUACUGCUAGCGAUGGCUGUGUACACUGGGGUGACGGUGAACUACUACGGGAAACGAUAUGGGAACUGGCGUUUCUCCUGGUCCUACAUCAUGGGUUGGGUGGCCGUGGUCCUCACUUUCUUCUCAGGUAUCUUCUACAUGUGUGCCUACAGGAUGCAUGAAUGCCCGAGAAACUCCAACUCCCGCUGAUUUGAAAAAAACAAAAACAAACACAGCUGACACCGGAGUUUGCACACCAACAGUAGCUACGUCAUUUCUUGUUUACCUGACCACUAUUGAAUAAGCAAUAAAGAGGGUAAAUCCAA